CACACGCUCUCGCUCUCUCUCUCUCACACACACACACACGCACGCACACACACGCUCUCGCUCUCUCUCACAUGCACACACACGCACGCACACACUCACACAUGCACACACACACACACACACACACACACACACACGCUCUAACACACAUGCACACACAUAGACUCAAAGUCACAUAUACACACACGCACACAUUUUUCUGAUAAAUUUUUUUGAUAAAAUAAAAAUGAAUUGAUGUCUCCAACAGUUAACGAGAUUUUUAAAACAUUCAAAUAAACAUUUGGCUCAACAGUGAAAUAAAUUAAUUUAGUCUGUUUAAAUAAAAAAUCUUCCGAUUAUCAAAUACAAAUAAAUAAACCACAAAACAACUUAAAUAAUUUUCCUUAAAACAAUCAAUAAUAAUCUGUGUAAAAAUUGUUUAUUUUAUUUAAACUGAAUUCUGAUUUUAGGUAAAAAGCUGUCAGAAUGAAUCCAUCUGGUUUUUAUUGUGAAAGGACAACAAACCCAAACAGCUGCAGAACCAGAACCCGCUCUGCUGCUGGUGGGAACCGGACCGCCACUGUUCUGAGCUCUUUCGUUGUGAGUCGUUUUCUGAACACAACAACAGUAAUUAGACGAUUCUGAUGCAGGAAACCACGCCGGGUCUCCCACCGCAGCUUCCAUGGGAGAAUCCGACUGGAAAAUGUGUGUUUAUGGUUUCCAGAUCGGCAGGAUUAUGGUAAUAACAGGCUGCCGGGCCGGGCUGGGCCUGGUGGGGCGGGGCGGGAGGUGGGCGAGCUGCGGACGCUUAUCAGCACGCUGCAGAGGGCGAUCCUUCACACGGUCACGUGACAGCGACACCUUUAUCACCAAAACCAGAACCAGAACGCUUCCGCAAGCACAAAACAUCCCAUCCAUUCUCCGAAGAUGUUAUCGGUUCUGACCGGCGAUGAGGUCCGGACACAGCGUUGCAUCAUGGGACCAUCAUGAAACCCUAAAGAACAACGGAAACUGCACCAAACGACAAAGUGGAUUUGUGAGGCUCUGCAGGUCUGAUGCACCGACCGUUAUCCCGUCAGAUCAGAACCCGGCUCUGCAGCGGCUCCAGAACCCGUGACCUUCAGGGCGGGAAGCAGAACCAGCCUUCUGAAGGGUGUUUUUGCUUGAACCAGGACCGCAGAACCAAACAAGAACUCUUCUGCUACAGGAUGAAGCUGUAUGUAGUUGCCAAGGCGACGGCUGGAAGAGGGGUAGUUACAGACUGUUAAAACACACACACACACACACACACACACACACACACACAGAGUUUCACGCUUCAGGAGAUGCAGACCCAGAACGCGAGGAGCAGCGUGGUUCCCAGGCAGCAGAACUUCUUCAGGUGUCUCCUUGUUUGAGAUGUUCCAGCAGAUAAAUCCGGGGAACAACUUCUGCUGGAGUUUCUGUGUUUGUCUCGGAGCGCCGGCGGUCUCUGCAGCUUUAACAGGAUUAAUUGAGUGCCGAUGAUCACCGGUUCAGCUGCAGAAGUCCCGGAGGAGGCGGCGGUCCAGAUCUCAGCAAAUUUCCAUCAGCAGCCUCAGCUGUGUGUCCGUCACGCUCCCACGCUCACUGCACUCCUCGUCUCUGCUCCGCAGCCGGAGCUGUGGAAUUAGCUGCUGCCGGGACAGCGCCGGGCUUCGGGGGGGGGCGAGCCAUGCUGUCCGCAUCCAUUCAGAUCCUGGCCUUCGCCCUGGCGCUGCUGGGCGUCCUCGGAGCCACGGUGGCCACGCUGCUGCCCAACUGGAAGGUCAGCAUCAACGUGUGGACCAGCAUCAUGACCCCGCUGUCCCAGAUGCAGGGGCUGUGGAUGGACUGUGUGUGGUACAGCUCUGGGGUCUUCAGCUGCACCAUGAAGAACUCCGUGCUCUCCCUGCCGGCGUCUCUGCAGAUGAUGCGGGCCGCCAUGGUUCUGUCCUGCAUGGUGGCCACCUUUGGACUUUUUCUGGCCUCUCUGGGACUCAAAUGCACCCGCUGGGGGGGCAGCCACCGAGCCAAGGGGCACACGGCCAUCGCUGUGGGGGGGUGCUUCAUCCUGGCCAGCCUCCUCUGUUUGGUGCCGGCGUCCUGGUUCACCAACGAGGUCAUCACCGCCUUCCUGACCACGGACCUGCCGGACAGCAGUAAGUACCAGCCCGGAGGAGCUCUGUGCGUCACCUUCAUCUCUGCUGGCUUCCUGCUGGCGGCGGGUGUCAUCUUCUGCCUGUCGUGUCCGGGAAGGAGAACGGGCCGCUCGGACUAUGGGUCCUGCAGUGACCCAGGGCGCCGGGAGCUGCAGGGGGAGCGAGAGCGACCCAAAAACAAAAGCGUCCAGCUGCAGACGGAGGAGGUGAAUUCAGAGAAACCGGGACUGGACCAGUGCCAGCGGAUCUACUCGUCCCCCUCCAGAACCCCUCAGACAGACAUCAGGGACAGCUACAGCCUGCAGGAGUACGUCUGACCCGUCUGGAGGUGGAGUUUGGAGCUGCUGCUUUCUGCCUACUGAGUGGGGGAGGUGUGCCUCUGGGUGGGGGGGUAAUUACUAAAUGUUGGAGAUGACAGAUUGUAGAAUCAGCGGAAAGUCUCAGAGGCAGACGGGUCGGACCCGGAGAGGAGGAACUGGCUGCAGAACCGUUAGACGCAGGAAAACCUUUAAAAAUCUGAAGUCAGCCUUCGUUCUCGGGCUGUGGAACCGUUCUGAGGAGAACCGGUGCUGGAACAGGGGCGGUCCAGAGCUUUCUGGGGGGGGCAGCUACCCCCCCCCCCCCAUGCCAUUACAAUCGAAGCUUUUAAACCAGCUGCUGUUUGCUUCAUAACAUUAAAAACAUUUAUUUUUUCCUUUUUUAAACCAAAUAUUUCUGGACUUUUUGGUUCUAAUGUAGAAAAACUGAAUCAGACGUUCAGCUGAUUUAAAUCAGGUGAAGAAUUCCUGCCUGGGAUCCGGACAAAGGAUAACCGAUGCAUGAAGUGCUUUUAUUUUGGAAUGUCUGCUCUUAAUUUCUAUGUGGCUUGACUCAAAACCAUAGAAAAAGAAUCGCACUUCAAACAUCUGAGUAGAUUAAAUAAACACGGGAUCUAAAAGGUUCUCCGAGCUCCUCGGGAACAGUUCAGCUCAUCCCUGGAAAAUUCAAAUGGAACUUUUUUUUAUUUGAAACGAGAUUAAAGAACCUGAACCUUUAGAUUCUACCGAACCAGUUAAAACGGGUUUAUAGAAACUUUUCUGCUGAUCAUCUUAAGAACAUGAAGCUGAUGAGCAGGAAGGAGAAGGAAAGAUCACGUAGCGCUCCUCUACAAACGCCCCAUCUGGUUAACCCAUCAGCUAUGGCAGCCAUCUUGAACCAGGUUAGAAUCAGCUGUAGGGUUCUGGUUUGGUAGAGUCCAUCCUGGAGAUGUUUAGCUAAAGCUUUUGUCUCCCGACGGCGUUUUAGAGCCUCAGAGGAGCGAAAACAAGGAGGAAGAGUGGACGAGGUCAUAAAAAUCCUUCCCAUGUUAUUCCAGACUAAAGUCUGGAUAUUCCUGAUUUAUGAACAGCCAGAGGAAGGAACCCUGAUGCUCUUCAGAUUCAGUUUAAGAUGAGUCGUUCUUCUGUAGCAGCGUUCACCAAAGAAUCAGUCCUUCACAAUAAAAGCAUCCGGCAUGUUCCUCAUAGCUUCUAAAGCAGGUGUUAGGGUUAGGAUGUUUCUGCUGAUAAACACAUUAUUAUCUUUUUCUGACGCUACAAUAAGAACAAAAACAGAACAGAUCCAUCUGGGUUCCUUUCCUCGGGCUGGACCUUACGUAGACUCAUCACUUAUCUGGACCCGUCCUCCUUGUCCUCGUCCUUGUCCGUGGCUCUGGGACACAAAUGUAGGUGAGAAUUAGGAGUUUAGUUGUUUCUACUGAGAAAUCCCUGAAUGUUUGUUUCUGGGGCCUCUGAAAGCUUUUAGAUGCAGAAAUGUGACUGAAGCAAUAAUAAAUCCUAACCGAGCUCCUGUUA